CACCAGCUGUCAACAGAAGUCACAUGAUUAGAUGCACCUGUGUGCAAUUAAAGUGUCACGUGAUUUUAAUAUAACUACACCUGCUCCUGACCCCAAAGUUUGUCUGAGAAAAGUACCAAUCAGGUUUUAGUUAUAAGAACUAUCUAACCUAUAAAACACUAGAAAAAAAUCUAUCACAAACUUAGGGGUCAAACAGCAGUGGGGGUUAAUACAUAUGCAUUUUAUAUGUAGCUAAAUCAUUUUGCAAACCAUAUAGAAUUUUCAGCCCUACUUUAAUACUAUGGGGCAAUUUUGUGUACAUUCAUGACACACGACUCCAAUUAAGUCCAUUUCAGUUCCUGGCUGUAACAUUACAUAUGGAAAAGUUCAAGGAGGUGAAUACUUAUGUAAGACAAUCAUAAGGAAAUGCAAAAGGAACUAAAAAAUAAAUAAAUAAAUAAAUAAAUAAAUAAAUAAAAAUAAUAAUAAUAAUAAUAAUAAAUAAAUAAAUAAAUAAAUAAAAUAAUAAUAACAUUUGCAGAAAUGUGUUACACCGAAAAAGUUUGUGAACCCAUUCUCUGAAUGAACUAGAUAGAACUCAACAGAAAAGCAGUUAAACACAUCCCCAUCAUUAGUUUACAAAGUUUAACUUCAAUCCCAAAUACUACCAUAUUCGAUCACUUUAGUGCACUAAGUAGCUAUCAUAAAGCAUAGGCUAUGUAAGGAGGAGGGGUGAUUUGGGACACGGCCCGCGUACAGACUCGCCCUGCCUCUAUUCGCUUUCCAAGAAACGCGGAGAAAGUCUCAGCCUGGCUCCACACACUGAGCUCAAUGAGCGCCGAGCUUGUCCGCACACACACCUAGUUUCGCUCGGUCCGUCACUCGAGCCCAGGAAUGCCAUGGCCACUCAGCCCAACCAGGACUACUUCCGCUCGGUCAGCAGCGAGUCCACUACCUACAUGAUGGUGCCGGCGAGCGGCCGCAGAGAGUCUCCGUCCAAGCUGUGGCUCGCCAUGGUGGUGAUUGUGGUGGUGGUGCUGCAGAUCGCCUCCACCACCGGACUCUUCCUCUACCUAAACAUGUCCCUGUCCCAGGUGAAGAACCAAGGAGUAACAGAAGAGCUGCGAUGUCUGGGAUUGCUCAACGCCCUGGAUAAAAACCGGGAUAUUCCAGAGGACCUGGCCCAGCUCUUAGGAGAAUCUUGCAUCAAACUGGCUGAAGGCAUCAAGGCCUACAUCUCUAAGGUAACAGAGAAUAUCAUCUCCAGACAAACAUUACAAGAAGCGAGAACCUUACCACAUAGUUACAACACUACAGGGGCAACGUUUGUGACACAGAGACCUUCAGCCCACCUUACACUCAGCAGCCUACAAGGUGCCACUUCUCAGUAUCCGAGUCCGCAGGCGGACCUGCACCAGUCCUGCCGCCACCCCGUGCGCUCCUGGGCCAAUCAGAGCUUCGGCGCCCACCUGCACAACAUGACACUGGCCAAUGGGCGUCUCCGCGUGCCUCAGGACGGUCGCUACUACCUGUACGCACAGGUCUACUUCCGCUACCCAUCACCUAGCGAGGGCGAGCAGAAGGGCACCAGCCACCAGCUGGUUCAGUGUGUCUACAAGAAAACAUCAUACCUGAGGCCCAUCCAGCUGCUGAAGGGUGUAGGCACCAAGUGCUGGGCACCUGACGCUGAAUAUGCCCUGCACUCCGUCUACCAGGGAGGUCUGUUUGAGCUGCGUGCUGGCGACGAGGUGUUUGUGUCUGUCUCCUCCCCCUCAAUGGUACACGCCGAGGACUCCUCCAGCUACUUCGGAGCUUUCCGGCUGGACCUCUGAGGGCAGAUCAGAGAGACUGCGCCAAGGUUACAUUACCCAAGAGGCACUGGGAGGCUUUCGUUGUCUCUGUGUGGUCCCAGAAGACAGCUCAGACAUUGCAUUGUUUUAUUUUCUUUUAACAGGUUGAGAUUUUUUUUUAUAUUAUAUGUGAAGGAAGUGGUUCAGACAAUUGGACCCCCCCUUGUUUUUUUAAGGCGGAAGAAUGUAUGUAUAUUUUUAAAAGCACAUCAAAGAUGUGGAUCUUGGAAAUGGUAGCAAAAAGGACAGUAGGAUUGCCAGAACUUUGCGAGGCUUAAUCUGUGCCAAUCAUGUGCAUGUCUGACAUAUGAGGAAAAACUGUGCUUUCACCUCAGGCCACUGGGCAUCGGAUAUAAUGCAUUUUUUCAAAUGUACUGAGAUACAAGAAGAGGAACGCGUGCCAGGGGAAAGAGGAGAGGCGUAUGCUGUGCAGAUGCAGGAAUUCUCUGUGGCCCGUCCAACCAGUAGAGCAGCAUACAAUCCCAGAUAGAGACCUAAAAACAGAUACCACCACCUGGACUCUCUCUUUCUCUCUCAGACACACAUGCACCCACAAACACAGACAAUACAGAAUGCACUUACUUAACCCAGUAAGCAAGAGACGGAGGCACAUGAGAUUUGUUGAUCCUUUCAUUAAGUAGUCAGACUCAAUAAAUCAAAGGCAGCGACAUGUUUAUUUUCGAAUACACAUAAAUCAUAUACUCCCGCUUAAGUCCUGCUUUCUAAAAGCAGACACGCCUCACUCACCCAAACACAAACACGCCCUCAAUCAACAAGAAAGCAGUCCACUCAGCUUGGACAUCUGUGAUUUAAAAAAUAAGAGUGUAUGAAAGGUUAAACACACAGGGUGCCAUACAGUUUAAAUGUCACACCCGUGGCCUUUUAAUGCUUUGUUUUCUCCAAAACAACAAGGACAUGAUCGCAAACAUUUUCAGUAUGUACAGUAUGUAACCCUUUGUCUCUUUCUCUCUCUCUUUCUCUUCUCAGUUUUGUGUGUGUGUGUGUAUAUAUAUAUCUAUAUAUACACACAGUACAUGAUGGAUAUUUAAGUUUUCAACAUGCCUCAUAUAUUGGGAGUGUGACCUCAACUUCAACGUACUGAGGUUCUGAAUAAGCAAUGUGUGACUGCAAAUGAGAAGAAAAAUCAGCAGGCCAACGUCUCUGCCUGUACAUAUCAUUUGAUGGACAACAGAGCUAAGGGUGAGGCAAUAAUGUGUAAUAUAAAUGGCCAGAUUCUUGAUAAAGGGCCAAGCUGGACUUCAAUGUAAAAAAAAUGUUUCUUCCUGACUGGACUCCAGCCUGAAGUUUCCCUGAUAGUGCCACUAUUCUCAAGGCUUAAAAAGCAACUGCUGCCAAUACACAAUACACACAAGAGUGAAAUGCACAGCCCGGGCACUUUCUGUUUCCUUUCCCAAGGACUUGGUUGUGAGCCACAACAAACGUUAUAAAUCAUCAUCUCCAUCUGGGACGACAUCUUGGAAGGAGUAAAUGCAUCAAGGAGACGUAUUGUGCAACAGGCAUAAUCGAUUCGAGUAAGCAUGAAUGCGCAAGAUCAGUCAUUGUAGACUCAAAUGCCGAAGUGCCUUUCAGUGCUGCAUUGAUCCGAAUGUGUUAGCGUGCGAGGCUAUUGGACUUGGUCUGCACAAUCAGUAUAACAGAGGUUAUGAGAAGGUGUUACAAGUGAUUUGGCAGAGGCUGAGCAACAACAAAAAAGACUAUACAGAUUCAAACAGUGUGUUAGGAUUCAUAUUACAGGCACAAGGCACAAACAUGUAUGCUAGGAUUUAUCUGUUUAAACUAUAACUUGUUUCCUAAAUCUUUAGCAAAGCUACACAUAAGGUUUACAGCUUUGUGUGAAUCUUGGGGCCGUGGCACACCAAGUCAGAGUCGAAGAACUAGCACUAACAAGGUUAACUGGUGAUCAUUUCCUGAUGCCCUAUAUCCUGCACACUAAAACACAACACAAAACUACAGCUGAAAGCAUGUAGGCAUGCAUGUCUGUUCCUUUCUUGUGUCAAAGAAAAUAACUCUCCAUACCAGCAGGUGGCAGUAGUCUGUCUUCAUAAUCAAAGACUCUUCAGUUAGGUCUCACAUCUCACACUACUGCAGUAAAUAGUAUGUAACUACCACACAUCAUCUACUGAGUAGGUAUCCUGGAUUACUAAAGUAGCAUACGAUUUAGUACAGUAGUAUGCAGAGAUGCCAACAUCUGUAAUUUUGCCAUAUUAUUUACGAGUUUUGAUUCCUUGCUAUGACAAUACAGGAGAUCCAUCAAAACGUCGUCAGCUAAAGCAGUAGUCAGAGCAAACAAAUAAAAUACGUGCAGCAGAAAAAGUCUAUUCACUGAAGGGGAAAGGACACUGGGCAUGAAAGAAACACAUUUUCUCCGGGUAGCAGAUUUUUUGCAUUACUUUUGCUUUGCGCUAUCUUUAUCUGGAUGAAGGAUUUUGACCUGUGAAUUCACUGUGGUUUUGUGGCCAAUAGAAAACAAGUGGGUGGAGCUAUGUUUUCUGGUGUGUGUAAAAGUGCAUGGUGCUGUUUAUUAUUUAUGCUGUUAGCAUGAAGCCAUUUCUUUAAUCGACAUAUGCUAUAUGGCCAAAAGUAUGUGGAUUUCUGACCAUCACCCCCACAUGUGUUCCUUCCCCAAAGUUGGAAGCACACAGUUGUAUGGAAUGUGUUCUGUAUGCUGUAGCAUUAUGAUUUCCCUUCACUGGAACCAAGAGACUCAAAGCUGUUCUAGCAUGACAAUGCCUCUGUAGACAAAAUGAGCUCCAUGUAGACAUGGUUUGCCAAAGUUGAUAUGAAAGAAUUUGUGGCCUAGACUGAGCCCUAACCUCAACCCCACUGAACACCUUUGGGAUGAAUUGGAACGCCAAAUGCACCCCAGGUCUCCUCACUGAACAUCAGUUCCUGGCUUCUCUAAUGCUCUUGUGGCUGAAUGAGCAAGGAAACAAGGAAAGCCUUCCCAAAAGAGUGGGGGGGGGGUCUGAAAAAGCACGUUCAGAAAGCACAUCAAUUUGUGAUGGUCAAGUCUCGACAUACUUUUGGCCAUAUAGUUUCUGCAAAGAUUUUUGUGGUAAAAUAUAUUUUUUCUCUCUACCUGCUAGGACUUUCUUGCUUGGUGUGUAGGGACAAACUAGCCUAGCUGGACACUUCAUUUUUUUUUUUUUUAUAUACACGUGCUGUCUUGUGAUUGUAGUUUCUUGUCUUGUGAUGUAGCUCGUCUCUUCUCUUCUCCUUUUUCUGUGCCACCAAUUCAACUGGUGUUGAUGAGAACCAACAGUACAGAACAAACCACAUAAAAACUCUGAUAGUUAGCCACUCAUAUAUAAUGUCCUCAAAUUACCGACAGUCAGCUUGGUGUGUCAAGAUCCUCACUAGAAACAGUCAGGUCUGGUUGCACAGUAGCCCAACAGGGCCACAUGUUUACCUAAGAGUAACCCCACACCAAUCUAAAGCACAUGUAUCUGUGUGAGUUUGAACAAUUUAGAAUUUCACUGUGGAAUACUGGCUAAACACACAAACUCCACUACAAACAAGCAAACACUACCCUUUAACCCUGAUAUCGAGCGUUAGUGUGUGGCAGGUAGCGGGUCUCCAUGGAAAGGCUGAAACUGUUACACUCUGCAGAAUCCCCGCGGCUUUAAACAGAUUCCAAACAGGAUCACCUUCUCGACAUACAGUGAGGAACCAAAUGUGAAAUCGGUGGAAGAAAUGUGUCUUAAAGUGAAUGUGUGUAAAAAUAGUGCAUCCACAAAAUAGUGGAUGUAAUUCCUAAAAUGCCCAGAUCUGAAAUAUUCAUGAACUGUAUGAGUUUUAUUUGAUACCAGACUGUGUUUCGGUGAAAUUCCUUGCGGAAAAAAAUGAAUGUAGUCCGAACCCCGUGAGCAAUACCGAACAAAGGGGCUUUUGUUUUUCUUCUGCCCAGGGCUGUGUAUGUUUUUUUUUUCUCCUUUCGAAUUGUUCAUAAUCUUUAAAAUCACCAAUAUGUGGGUCUCAUUUUUCCUUUGAUGAAAGAUAACAUGCACUGUUUACCACUGUUGUUUUCUCUCUAUAUGAAUGUAAAAAAAAAAAAAAGCAAUCCUUUGAUCUUUUGUGAUCUGUGAUUUUGAGGGACAUGUGUCAUUUCUAACAAUAAAACUGCUUGUUUUCCAGCA